AUGAAUUUUAAUAAAACAACUCCAUUAUUUGUUGAUAAACUAUUUAAUGAUCAAACUAAAACUUUUAUAUCAUCAAAUCAAUAUAUAAAUUAUUUUAUUAAUUUAUUUCAAUCAACUACUUGGUUACAAAUUAUUAUUGCAUCAAUUGUAUUUAUAUUAUCAUAUGAUCAAAUUAAAUAUCAAUUUAAUAAAGGUUCAAUAGUUGGACCACCAUUAAAAGUUUGGCCAAUAAUUGGUCCAUUUUUAGAAUCAUUAGAUCCAAAAUUUGAAGAAUAUAAAGCAAAAUGGGCAAGUGGUGAAUUAAGUUGUGUUUCAAUUUUUCAUAAAUUUGUUAUUAUUGCAUCAAGUAGAGAUUUAGCAAGAAAAAUUUUAGCUUCACCAAGAUAUGUUAAACCAUGUGUUGUUGAUGUUGCUGUUAAAAUUUUAAGACCAACUAAUUGGGUAUUUUUAGAUGGAAAAGCUCAUACUGAUUAUAGAAGAUCAUUAAAUGGUUUAUUUUCAAGAAAAGCUUUAGAAAUUUAUAUUCCAAUUCAAGAAAAAUAUAUGGAUAUAUAUCUUAAUAAAUUUAUAAAUUAUGAUGGACCAAGAAAAUUUUUCCCAGAAUUUAGAGAAUUAUUAUGUGCAUUAAGUUUAAGAACAUUUUGUGGUGAUUAUAUAACUGAAGAACAAAUUGCAUUAAUUGCUGAUAAUUAUUAUAGAGUUACUGCAGCUUUAGAAUUAGUUAAUUUUCCAAUUAUAAUACCAUAUACUAAAACAUGGUAUGGUAAAAAAAUUGCUGAUGAUACUAUGAAAAUUUUUGAAAAUUGUGCAGAAAUGGCUAAAACUCAUAUAAAUAAAGAAAAUGGUAAACCAACUUGUAUCAUGGAUGAAUGGAUUCAUCUUAUGAAAGAUGCAAGAGAAAAACAUUUAGAUGAUGCAGAAUCUAGAUUACUUGUUAGAGAAUUUUCAAAUAGAGAAAUUUCUGAAGUUAUUUUUACUUUCCUUUUUGCUUCACAAGAUGCUUCAAGUUCUUUGGCUUGUUGGUUAUUUCAAAUUGUUGCAGAUAGACCAGAUGUUGCUGCAAAAAUAAGAGAAGAACAAUUGAGAGUUAGAAAUAAUGAUCCAUCAGUUCCAUUAACUCUUGAUUUAAUCAAUGAAAUGACAUAUACAAACUAUGCAGUAAGAGAAAGUUUAAGAUAUAGACCACCUGUUUUAAUGGUACCAUAUGUUGUUAAAAAAUCAUUCCCAGUAACAGAAACUUAUUCAGCACCAAAAGGUUCAAUGAUUAUACCAACUUUAUAUCCUGCAUUACAUGAUCCAGAAGUUUAUGAAGAUCCAGAUUCUUAUAUUCCAGAAAGAUGGGCAAAUCCAGUAGGAGAUAUGAAUAAACGUAAUUGGUUAGUAUUUGGUACUGGUCCUCACGUUUGUUUAGGACAAAAUUAUGUUUUAAUGACUUUCACAGGUAUGUUGGGUAAAUUUUUAAUGAAUUCUGAUUUGAUUCAUCAUAAAACAAAAUUAUCAGAAGAAAUUAAAGUAUUUGCAACUAUUUUCCCAAAAGACGAUUUAAUUUUGGAAUGGAAAAAAAGAGAUCCAUUGGCUUAA